GAGCGCGGAGAGAGAGGGAACGGAGGGGGGGAGAGAGAGGGAGGGAGAGAGAGAGAGAGAGAGAGAGGCGUGUGCGUGGUCGGUGCCGGUGCGUGGCGUGGUGGCCGUGCCGUUCGUCCGUUCCCUCUCUUCCUCUCCCGCGCCGGCGGCGGACGUCUCGGGGUGGUGGAAUGGCCGCGGCGAGGUCUCCGCUCGGGGCGAUCGCGGUGGCCGCGCUCGUCGUCGCCAUCUUCAUGCCGGCCGCCGCGGCGGCGGCGCAGGCGCCGGCGCCCGCGCCCACCAGCGACGGCACAUCAAUCGACCUGGGGAUCGCAUAUGUCUUGAUGCUGGUGGCCCUGGUGCUCACCUACCUGAUCCACCCGCUGGACGCGUCCUCCCCCUACAAGCUCUUCUAAUCCCUGUUCGUUCGUUGAUGAUGUUAUGGGUAUGGUAGAAUUUUUUAGCGAUGCAAGACGCUUAGGUGAUGUUGGGAGGUUUAGAAUGGUUGUCAUCAUCUGAUGAUCUGAUCUUGGUAUGUAUCGUAAGUUUUUUGGUGGUCUGAAUGUCUGAUUGGUUGUAUCGGAUUCCAUGAUCCUGUGCUCAGCUCAGUUGUGCUUGCUGUUUCUGGAUUC